UCCAUUCAUCUACCUUCAUUACCACUUUAUUACUCCAUUUAUAACUACUAACCAUAUUUCUAAUCUCUUCUUUCCCAUCAGAAGGAAACAAAAUUAGCAGUACCAAUUUCCCAGUUAAUCAAAAGCUUCAGCAAAGAAUCAAGAAUAAUUUGUUCACUGUCACUAUGCUGUGAUUCCGCAUUCCAGUUCCUCCAUUUCAAUUUUUCUUUUCUUUUCUGAUCCCUGCGAUUCAAAGCAAUGUUACAUUUUUAGGCUUAGCUUCCAUUGCAAUAAACCACGGCCCCACCAUCAAAUUCAAACCAUCCUCUCUCACUCUCUAUCUCUACGCUCUUCGUUCAAAUGGCUUCCAAGAACCAGAAUAAGGCUCCUUCUCAAACGAGUUUCUCUUCCAUUAAUAGCAAGUGUAGUAGUAUCGAUGAGGUUUCCAUAGAUAAGAAAAGAAGCACAAAAAUGGCAACACGAACUCAAACGCAAACUCGUCAAGCAUUUUCAAUUGUAAAUGGGGGCCAAGAUCUACCCCCAAUUCCUAGCAAUUCUGGUUCUGAUUGUGGUGCAGUUGAGUUCUGCAGAGAUGACGUGGAGACAUUACUCAAUGAGAAGUUGAAGAAAAAUUUGAAUUACAGAGAGAAGAAUGACAAAAUGAUUGAUUUCAUUAAAAGACUCAAGCAAUGCAUCAAAUGGUUUAUGCAGCUUGAAGCAACCUGUGUUGAAGAGCAGGAAAAAAUCGAAAAACAGUUGGAAUUGGCGGAAAAAAAGUGUGAUGAUAUAGAGUUGAUGAUGAAGGCCAGGGAAGAUGAAUUGAACUCUAUUAUUAUGGAACUGAGGAAAAAUUUGGAGGCAUUGCAGUCAAAGUUUGCAAAGGAGGAAGUUGAUAAAUUGGAAGCAUUGGAUUCUUUGGCUAGAGAAAGAGACUCGAGAGCUGCUGCAGAGAAAUUACAAGCUUCUCUUUCUGAAGAUCUCAGACAAAGCCAACUAGAUAACACUAGUGCCAACCAGAAGGUUCAGUCACUUAAUGAUACAUAUAGGCGGUUACAAGAGUUCAACACGAGCUUGCAUCAGUGGAACAGUAGGCUUCAAUCAGAUCUUGAAACGACAAACACAAUGCUCAAGCGUGUUCAGGAAGAAAAGGCAGCCAUUGUGGAAAACCUUAGCUCUCUGAGGGGCCAAUAUACUUCUCUGCAAGAGCAGCUUAGUUUGUCACGAGCAUCCCAAGAUGAGGCAAUCAAGCAGAAAGAAGCACUAGGCAGUGAAGUUUCAUGCUUGAGAGGCGAUCUGCUACAAGUGAGGGAGGACCGCGAUAGACAUUUGUCACAAGUUCAAGGGUUACAAUCUGAAGUUUCAAAUUUCAAGGAAUGUGCUGAAAAGUACACAGCAGAUUUGGAGACUCUGAGCACUAAAAAAGUGGAACUGGAGUCAACAUGCUUGGUUCAAAGUGAGCAAAUAAGGAGAUUACAUGAACAGCUUGCUUCUGCCCAACAGAAAUUGCAGCUUUCCGAUCUAUCAGCUAUGGAAACGAGAUCUGAGUUUGAGGAGAAUCAGGCAUUCAUUCUUGAGUUGAAAAGUCGUCUAGCUGAUGCAGACUUGAAGAUUGUAGAGGGGGAAAAAGUUCGCAAGAAAUUGCAUAACACUAUUCUGGAGUUGAAAGGGAAUAUUCGUGUAUUCUGUAGAGUGAGACCCUUGCUUUCCGAUGAUGGGGCUGGAAAUGAUGUAAAAGUUGUUUCAUUCCCAACAUCAAUGGAUGCGCAGGGUCGAGGCAUUGAUUUGAGCCAAAAUGGGCAAAAGCAUUCUUUCACUUUUGACAAAGUAUUUGUGCCUGAUAACUCACAAGAAGAUGUCUUUGUGGAGAUAUCACAGCUUGUGCAAAGUGCGCUUGACGGAUAUAAGGUCUGCAUAUUUGCCUAUGGGCAAACAGGCUCUGGUAAGACAUACACGAUGAUGGGCAAGCCGGGCCUACUAGAUCAGAAAGGUUUAAUUCCACGAUCACUAGAGCAAGUAUUUCAAACAAAACAAAUGCUUGAAGCACAAGGAUGGAAGUAUGAGAUGCAGGUGUCAAUGCUUGAAAUAUACAAUGAAGCAAUACGUGACCUGUUAUCAACAAACAAAUCAACCUUUGAUGCAUCACGAGUAGAAAAUUCUGCGAAGCAAUAUGCCAUCAAGCACGAUGCAAAUGGCAACACCUUUGUCUCUGAUCUUACCAUUCUUGAUGUCCGCAGUAGCAGGGAAGUUUCCUAUCUCCUAGAACGGGCGGCACAGAGCAGGUCUGUUGGCAAGACCCAAAUGAAUGAACAAUCUUCAAGGAGCCAUUUUGUCUUUACACUAAGAAUAGUUGGUGUUAAUGAGAGCACUGAUCAGCAAGUCCAAGGUGUGCUGAAUCUAAUUGAUCUUGCUGGUAGUGAGCGUCUCUCCAAGAGUGGUUCGACUGGGGACCGGCUUAAAGAAACUCAGGCCAUCAAUAAAAGUUUAUCGUCACUAAGUGAUGUCAUUUUUGCCUUGGCAAAGAAAGAGGAGCACGUGCCGUUUAGGAACUCAAAGCUCACUUAUCUUCUCCAGCCUUGCUUAGGUGGAGAUUCAAAGACUUUGAUGUUUGUGAAUGUUUCACCAGAUCCUGCAUCCGUGGGCGAAUCACUAUGUUCGCUACGGUUUGCUGCAAGGGUGAAUGCUUGCGAGAUUGGCAUCCCAAGACGUCAAACCAAUCUAAGAUCUACCGAUUCUCGAUUGAGCAUUGGCUGAUUUUAUGCUUAUGAGGGUGGGGGGGUUUACACUAUUGUGUAGAUUUAGGAAAGUGUGUUUACUACGUGUUCUUGGCAUUCGAUAACAAAUGACGGAAAACUAACUACAUUUACAUGUAAUAUGUACAGUUGAAGAGAUUGGGUAUGUAUCAAGAUUUUUGUAUGAUGCAAUUUGUGAUCUUCACAGUUGUAAUGAGAGUAAAAGCUAGUUAAUUUGAAUA